GCAGCGUGGGGCUGGGCCGGGGACACACCCACCCUUUCGGGCACCUCCUCCUGGCCGCGCCGCUGAGGAGGCCGCGGCCUGGGUAGGGGCCGGGGGAGGCGGCGUGGCGGGAAAUGGCGGCCGGGCUGAGCUGAGCCGCUCUGAGGGGGGACGAGAGCCGCGCCAUGAGGCUGCUGCGCGCCCUGCUGCGGGGCGCCUCCCCGGGCAGCAUCCCGCAGCAGGUGGACUUCUACUCGCGCUUCUCCCCCUCGCCGCUCUCCAUGAAGCAGUUCCUGGACUUCGGAUCUGAAAAUGCUUGUGAAAAGACUUCAUUUAUGUUUCUACGUCAAGAGUUGCCUGUGAGACUGGCAAACAUAAUGAAAGAAAUAAGCCUGCUUCCAGACAACCUCCUAAGAACACCUUCAGUUCAGCUGGUGCAGAGCUGGUAUGUCCAGAGUCUUCAGGAGAUCCUUGACUUUAAGGACAAAAGUUCAGAAGAUUCAGGGGCUGUUCAUAGUUUUACAGAUACUGUGAUAAAAAUCCGGAAUCGACACAAUGAUGUAAUUCCUACCAUGGCUCAAGGAGUAAUAGAGUACAAGGAAAGCUUUGGCAUUGAUCCAGUGACCUCACAGAACGUGCAGUAUUUUUUAGACCGUUUCUACAUGAGUCGCAUUUCAAUUAGAAUGCUCCUUAAUCAACACUCUUUACUGUUUGGUGGGAAAAUUAAUCCAGCUCAUCCAAAACACAUUGGAAGCAUUGAUCCUAGCUGCAAUGUUGUUGAAGUUAUCAGAGAUGGCUAUGAAAGUGCCAAGAGACUUUGUGAUUUAUACUACAUGAGCUCUCCAGAACUCAUCCUUGAAGAGUUGAAUGCUAAAUCACCAGGACAGCCCAUGCAAGUGGUGUAUGUGCCGUCACAUCUCUAUCACAUGGUUUUUGAACUUUUCAAGAAUGCAAUGAGAGCCACCAUGGAACAUAAUGCUGAUCGAUGCAUUUAUCAUCCAAUUCAUGUACACAUCACGUUGGGAAAUGAGGAUUUAACUGUGAAGAUGAGUGAUCGUGGGGGAGGUGUCCCUAUGAGGAAAAUAGACAGACUGUUCAACUACAUGUAUUCAACAGCACCACGGCCACGGGUUGAGACAUCACGAGCUACACCUCUAGCUGGAUUUGGCUAUGGUUUACCCAUAUCACGUCUGUAUGCACAGUACUUCCAAGGAGACCUGAAACUGUAUUCCUUAGAAGGCUACGGUACAGAUGCAGUUAUCUACAUAAAGGCCUUAUCAACAGAAUCAAUUGAAAGACUUCCUAUCUAUAACAAAGCAGCCUGGAAACAUUAUAAAGCAAACCACGAAGCAGAUGACUGGUGUGUGCCAAGCAGUGAGCCAAAGGAUAUGACCACUUUCCGCAGUACAUAGCUUUUUCCUCAACAGUUCAUAAGAAGCAGGGACGUCUGCAGAAGGAAUUUAAAAGGCCUGAUUGACACUAAGAUGCUGAGCCACAUUUGAUAGGUGAAAAUAAUUUUAAGUGGAGCAACAGAAAGUUUAGUGUAACAGCUCAUUUCUGGAAUUAAAACCCAAAUAAACCCCAAGUAAAACCCAAGUAAAAUCCCAAACUUGUACAUCCUUCUAAAUUCUAGGUGAGAAGGUCACAAUUAAUGUGCUGCACUUACUAUUUGUGAUUGCUUUCAGUAACUAAAUCAAAGGAUUUAGGUUUUAAAGGAACCAAUGCAAUAUAUUGUAUACCCAUUGAUAAGUGUAUUAAUUUGUAUCCUUACAAAAUUGUUGUAACAGAAGAAUUAUUGGAGAAGCUCCUAAAAGCAUUUUUCCAUUAUACAGGAUUGCAGAUUAAUGAAAAACUUGUGUAAAGGCAUAUUGAGGAGCUCACUGCUGUGCCUUUACACCUGUAUGGCACUUUCUGUUCUUUUAUCUUAAGCAUGCUGAAGCCUAAGUUUGCAAAGCUAGGUAUAUCACCUACACAGCUUGCCUAUAUCAAGGUUAUUUUUUUUUUGGCUGUAGAAAUAACAUUUAGGUCUAUAGGAAACAAUUAGUUUCAGCUGCUACCACUAGUAUAAUGCGUCUCAGGUAUGUGGUAUCAGUUGUAUUUCUUUGGUUGUAAUGUGAAUAUUUAAAACGUGAAAAAUACCUUGCUGUGAUAAUUGUGAAUUAGCAAAUUGUGUUGGCUGAUGCACAGUACAGAUUUGCUGUCUUGCAUUUGCUUGUAUUUCUGUAGGUAGCACCAAAACACAGUAUCAAUGUUCUAGCCAUAGUAAGCUCUCAGACACUGGGUUACGUCAGGUUACAGCUGUAAAUGAAAACUAUUUUAAUAAAGAGAUUUUUAAAAUUUGCCCUUAGUAGGGCAUUUCUAUUACUUUGUCAAUAGAAACUACCUUCUCAGGAGUAUUUAA